GGUCAAAGCUGCUUUUCUGUUGCACCUUCAGGUACUUGGAGAUCAGUGCAGCAGAUUCAAGAUGAGGAACAUCUGCAUCUUUUUCUUCCUGCUACUCGCCUCCCAUCUUGCCUGUGUGCAGCCGUCGGGCCUCAGACAGAGAAAGGUUUCUUACUACUCUUACAUGAAGACAUGGGAAGCAGCUCAGUCUUUCUGCAGGGAGAAACACGAUGAUUUGAUCACAAUCAGAAAUGAAAUGGAAAUCAGGGAGUUCUACUGGUACGAAAGCUGGCUUGGACUGUACCGAGAGAACGACACAAGCCCAUGGAAAUGGUCCACGAAAGACAAAAUAGCAACCUUCUUCAACUGGGACGUCCACGAACCAGACUCAAACGAACACUGCGCUUAUAAGGAGUCGUUUACCAGCAAGUGGAGGAAUGGCGAGUGUGAUCAGAAACAUACGUUCAUGUGCUACGAUGAGUCACUGACUCUGGUGAAGGAGAAUAAAACCUGGGAGGAGGCGUUGGAGCACUGCAGGACUCUGAACAAAGUCCACAGCUACGACCUGGCGACCCUCUCCACAGACGACGACAACCACUUUGCACAAGAGAAAGCCCAACUGGCAACCACUGAGGAGAUGUGGACGGGCCUGCGUUACCUUGGUGACGAGUGGGUCUGGGUGGGUGGAGAACCGGUGCAGGACCAGGACAUUCCAAGCUGCCCGGCUGAGAGGUGUGGAGUCCUGGAGAAGAACGGCAACUCAUCCUUCAGCAGCAGAGACUGCAGCCAGAGAAGGAACUUCUUUUGCUACAUAAAAUCUUAAAUGUACAUACAUUAUUAAUCCUGUUGUUAAUUAUAAUUACGAGCUUUUACAAACUUUUAUAGGUGAAAUCUAUUAAAACAUAGAUGAAGAUUAGCAUAAGCUAUUAUGAGCCAUUUUUGACCCAUUUAUUGUUUUCAUUUGUCAAAUCAGCAGCUGUAUGUAACCAACACAAUUCAGUUAAAUUACUUAUUUAGAGAUGAAGUAGGUAACUUUUAGAAAACAUAUUUGUUAUAAAUGUCAUGAUAGCAGAAUAUGCAACAAUGUGUAAAAAAAGAAAAAAAAGUCGAGCUCCUCUGCUUCCUUCCUGCCAUGUGAAGAAACACAGUCUGAGCUAGGAAGAGGGUUUCAGUGCUGUCAAUCAAGCUUGUGAUCAUGCCACCAGUUUCUCACAACGGAACCUGUUAAGAAUGCUAAGACUAGUUAGCCUGUCCACCAAUCAGCUUUUGAAACUUGGCCCUGGUGCUGAUCAUAAUUUAUUUAUGCUUCACAUUUGUAAUAUGUGAAACUGUUCUCUCUCAAAAAUUUACAUGAAGUGAGUUUCAGAAACAUUAUGUCAUCCAUGUUCUUCUGAUUUUGGCUAUUCACUUUCUUACGCUAGACUUGGAAAUUUUUUCAAUUAUUUACAAAUUAGUAUACCCUCAGUUCUUCUAUUCCAGUGGUUCCCAAAGUGUGGGAGGAGUUCGGGAAACUGUAUGGAUGAAUAAAAAAAAUAAAUAGUUUAGAUGGUUUGU